AUGCAGAAGUGUGCAAGAAGAGAGUAUCAGCAUUUCCCCCCGAAUAAAAUUAAAAAUUUGAGACUUGAUAAUCAUGAAUCCAAUAUCACCCUUUUUCAUAUUCUUUGGUGUUUAACAUGCAUAUUCGGAGUGCGCCUAUCAAUAUCCUUCAUCCCAAAGCGAUCUGAGUAGUUUAUUGAGACAAUAUAGUGUAUUUACUCUUUUCAUACAAAUUGUACCACUUUAAAGUAAUGCACUGGUAGAUAAUUUUUUGGAUUUUAGUAUAUUUUUUAAUCAAAUAAUUUCUUCUAAAAAAAUGACUAAUAUGAAUUUUUCUUAAUUCUAAUCUUGGUUCUAACUUGUAGAAUGGUGAAGCAAAUUUCUUAAUGCAUUUGA